GACAACCCGGGUAUAUUUUUAGACCGGUAUUUUGUAUUUAGUCAAUUUUGUUUCAGUUGCAAUAUUCGUGUUAUCGCGAUUAGACAUUCAUUAAAACGGGUUGGAAUCGAAAUAAAUACAUGUGUUCUAGAUGACACUUAUUCUAUGCAAUAAUUUUAUAAUGCUACACAUUCGGAUACCUGUAUGAUGGGCCGCAAUGGAUUUGAAAGAAACUGGUGAAAAGAUUUUUAUCUAUUAAUGAGCAAAAAUGGAUUACCAACGUAUUGAUAUUUCAAAUGAAAGUUUUUGAGUAAAUGCGAUAGUGUUUAAAGUGCCAAGUUAUAUAACUGUAUAUGGUUCUUAAAAGUGAAUGUAAUUAUCAUCAUUAAAAGAAAUUAUGAAGAAUCAGUAAUGGUUACUAAACAUUAUUGGGAUGUUUUAUCUCGGGUUGAAGCCAUUGUAAACAAAAUAUUGUUUUCCGGAGAUCGACAAACUUUUGGAGUACUGUGGACCUUUAUUCAUCGGAAUGCAGGAGCGUGACUACGAUACAUUACGAUACAUAAUUGAUUGGCUUUCUAUAGCCAUCUUUAAAUUGUAGAUAUUAUCUUAAAAUUACUUUUGAUUAAUAAAAACUGGCAUUACCUAACAAUUCACAGUGAUAACGAAACUUCAGUACAUAAAAUACAUGAAGAGUGGCACUUGUGUCGAAAUGUUCGGAAGUGUAGAAAAACAACAGCAGAAGUCAAUUAAAGUGUAAAGGUGCAGCGUUAGACGGAACCAUUUCGAUAAAGAACGAAGGAAGGAGAAUUCAUCUACGUGAGGAUUAUAUUUAUAACGGGAGUGAAAUCGCACACGCGCUUUAAAUUAUAUUUUGAUUUAUAAAAAAGAAUUCCAAAAUUUAUUCACCACCGCAUUUAGACGCCGUAAAGGCGUUGAAGUUAGAGGACGAAUUUGCUGGCGGUUGCAUGACUAUGGCUAUGUAUCCGUCAGCAGAUAAAAUGAAAAUGGGUACAACCAGUUGCUUUCCCGGUCGAUAUAGUCCCACCUAUCGAGGACCAGAUCAAAUGCGGCGUUGCAUGACAAAUCCUUCGGAUAUCCUGUAAUUUCGGAAUCGGUAGUGGGAUCCAGGUGAAACAAUUUUAAUGGGAUCAUCAAACUUUUUUGAAUCAAAGGUCAUGUUCAGUUUUCUAAUCAUGCACACUUAAAUUUUAUUGCUGAGUCUUGGCAAAAAAAUGCCGAGAUUUGCACAGUAUAGAGGACGGUAAUCAACUCGGCAAAAUAAUAAUUACUGAGCAUCUCGGCAAUACCAAAUUUGUCAACUGUCAAUUAUUGCCUAACUUGAAAGCAGCAAUUUUAAUGCAGUACACACACCUCAAUAGAAAACACCACUGUCAAAGACAAUUAUUUCCAGUGCUCCUCAAUGCAAAUAUUUCCUACCAGGAAAUAAGAAGACUUUUAGUCGGUUUUUAGAAGAUGCAUCAAUAAUGUGCAAUUCUUGGUCACCAAGACAUAACAGUGAUAUUUUUUCUGGACUGAAUGACGGUAUACUUAGUCGAGCUGAAGCUUUGGCAGCUGUGGAUAUAGGGAAGCAUCAGAGUAGUCAUGUACAUACACAGAUGUCAUCGCAACUUAAACAUGACGUGAUGUAUCAUCAUAGUAUGGGUGCUCCACAGCAACGACCAUUGCAGAUGCAUCACACGAUGGAAGGGAUUGAAAUGCUUGAUCCUUCGGGGUCAAUGACAACACUGACUCCUAUGUCAGAUGCACCAAUACCUUCCACUCAUCAUCAGCUGCAUGGAUCUUAUCACAGCAUGAACCACAUGAUGAGCCAUCAUCAUAACGGGCCUCUAGGUGGACACACUCCAGAUGGAUUCCUAGGAUCUCAUCAUCCUGCAAUGGCAGUUGCUGUUGCGGCAGCGGGUCUUCAUCCGGACACCGACACUGACCCACGUGAAUUGGAAGCCUUUGCUGAAAGAUUCAAGCAAAGGAGAAUAAAAUUAGAAGGUGUAACACAAGCCGAUGUGGGCAAGGCGUUGGCCAACCUAAAACUUCCUGGCGUAGGAGCAUUAUCACAAAGUACCAUUUGUCGCUUUGAAAGCCUAACGCUGUCGCACAACAAUAUGAUUGCAUUAAAACCAAUUUUGCAAGCAUGGCUUGAGGAAGCGGAAGCGCAAGCAAAAAAUAAGCGACGGGAUCCUGACGCUCCUAGUGUUUUGCCAGCAGGCGAGAAAAAAAGAAAAAGGACUUCCAUUGCCGCUCCAGAAAAGCGAUCACUUGAAGCUUACUUCGCCGUCCAACCGAGACCAUCAGGUGAAAAAAUUGCUGCGAUUGCCGAAAAACUCGAUCUGAAAAAAAACGUCGUUCGUGUAUGGUUCUGUAAUCAACGUCAAAAGCAAAAACGCAUGAAGUUUGCUGCUCAACACUGACCCUCGCAUCAGAGCACCCAGUUUAGUAACUUAGUAAAUAGUGUAACGACACUAGGUGGAAACAACGGCUUCGGAUAUUAAUUCGUUAGAAGCAUUCUACUUAUAUGACGGUAGCAUGGGACCCAGCGUUAAAGGGAGAAACGCAUAACCUUACAAUUUGUACAGAUUAUUUUAAAUAUACAUAUACAUAGCCUAAAUAGUAGACACUAGUGAUCCAAAAAACAGAAUUAAUACGAAAUUGUGAUUUCGAACCUAGAAGCUUAAAUUAAUGAACGAGAGAAUCAUGUACAGUCUGAACAAGGUUUUAUAUUAUCAAAUCAAUCAUCAGUUCAACAAACAUAACAACUCAUUUAAUGAUCAUUCAAUAUGUGAAAAACGACCAUAUAGCCAAGAUAACAUUUUUGUUUUCAAAAUAGAAGAAAUCAACACAUCGAUUGUAAAUAAAUGCACCAUUCCUAAUCCACAAUCAUGAAAAAAUACCAAAAGUGCUGUAAAAAUACUACUAUGCAAUAUUAGUAGUAUAUUAUUACUGCAGUAAUACAUGUUUGAUAAUAUAGUGUAUAAGCAAAUGCCACUGACAGUAAAUGACUACGCGCUGGUGAAAUAUAAAAAUCGUACAUUGUACGCCCCGUUCACUUAGGCCGAUAAAAUGAUUAUGUGUACAACAACUGAUUCAUUAGAAAAAGACUAUGUAGAAUUACGUAGGUUGAAAUAAUAAAAAGGAUUUAAUUAA